CUAUUGGUGGAGAGCGCAGCCAAUAGGCGAGCCUGUUACUGGCCUGAGCAGUGUGAGGCUUAGGAGCGGCGCUUGAGGCCUGGAAGCGUUCUGUGGCCUGCCGGGUCGGCACCAUGAGCUCCAUUGGCACUGGGUAUGACCUGUCAGCCUCUACAUUCUCUCCUGAUGGAAGAGUUUUCCAAGUUGAAUAUGCUAUGAAGGCUGUGGAAAACAGUAGUACAGCUAUUGGGAUCAGAUGUAAAGACGGUGUUGUGUUUGGGGUAGAAAAACUAGUCCUUUCUAAACUUUAUGAAGAAGGCUCCAAUAAACGUCUUUUCAAUGUUGAUCGACAUGUUGGAAUGGCAGUGGCAGGUUUGUUGGCAGAUGCUCGUUCCUUGGCAGACAUAGCAAGAGAAGAAGCGUCCAACUUUAGGUCUAACUUUGGCUAUAACAUUCCUCUAAAACAUCUUGCAGACAGAGUGGCCAUGUAUGUACACGCGUAUACACUCUACAGUGCUGUUAGACCUUUUGGCUGCAGUUUCAUGUUGGGGUCUUACAGUGUGAAUGAUGGUGCACAGCUCUAUAUGAUCGAUCCAUCAGGUGUUUCAUAUGGUUACUGGGGCUGUGCCAUUGGCAAAGCCAGGCAAGCUGCAAAGACAGAAAUAGAGAAGCUUCAGAUGAAGGAAAUGACCUGCCGUGAUGUAGUUAAAGAAGUUGCAAAAAUAAUUUACAUAGUACAUGAUGAAGUUAAGGAUAAAGCUUUUGAACUAGAGCUCAGCUGGGUUGGUGAAUUAACUAAAGGAAGACAUGAAAUUGUUCCCAAAGACGUAAGAGAGGAAGCAGAGAAAUAUGCCAAGGAAUCUUUGAAGGAAGAAGAUGAAUCAGAUGACGACAAUAUGUAACAUUUCACCAUCCUCUGGUGUCCAUUUCUGUGACAGUUGCAUAUGGCUAGCACCAUGGAUUAUAUAUACCCACUGACCAAUUUUCAUUAAAUUUUGUCUUAUAAACAUUGUUGGGUAAUUGAGGAUAUCUGCGUUAUAUUAAAAUGUAGAUUCAUGUUUGAUUAGAAAUUCUAGGAACUGGGCCUGGAGAGAUGGCUCAGCAGUUAAGAGCUGCUCUUCCAGGGGACAUAGGUUCAAUUCCCAGCACCCACAUGGCAGCUCACACCUUUGUAACUCCAGCUCCAGGUCUCUGACACCUAGACACAGAGUACUUGCAGGCAAAACACCAAUGAAUAUAAAAUAAAAAUAAAUGAUAUAUAUAUUUACACAUAUAACAAAUAUAUACAAAUAUGUAUGUUAUACAGACACAUAUGUGUGUAUAUACAUAUAAAUUCUUGGUGCUAUUCUGGUGUGGUAGUAUAUGUCUUUAAUCCUAGUACUCUGGAGGCAGAGGCAGGUGGAUCUCUUGAGUUCAAGGCUAGUAUUUAAAAACAAAAACAAAUGUAGUGCCCAGACUAAGGCUGAAAGAUUGAGCCCACAAGUCAAUUUACAAUUCCAUUUUGUUUUAACUAGAAUUAAAAGAAUAAUUUUACAUUUAUUUUUAUUUUUUGCAUGUUUAUGUAUAUUACAGUGCCAUGCCUGGUGCUCAUGGAGGUCAAAAGAAUGCUUUAAUCUAGAACUAAAGUUAUGGAGGACUGUGAAUCAUGUAUGUUCGAAACUGAACUUGGGUCCUGUGUAAGAGCAACACGUCCUCUUAACCACUGAGCCAUCUCUCCAGCCCUCUUUGACUAGAAUGAUCAUAUUCUACUGUGGUUCUUGUAUAAUGUUUUUUUUUUUUUUUUUUAAUGUUUUGUUUAAUGUAGGGAUAUCCUGUAACCACUAUUGAGGACUAACCUGCCUUUUGUGGAAAAUGUGACAUAUUCUAAUUUGACAUCAAUACAGACAACAUUUAUUUUCAGACUGCAUAAAUAUCUUAUGACUGGAAAUUAUCUUGAUAUUGGCACCUGAAACAAAAACUUAAAAGUUUCAAACCGGGCUUAAAUAUUUCAUGUAAUAAAAUGUUUAUAGUACUUAUCUGAUAAGAAAGAGUUCUUUUGGUUUGUUUCUGUUACUUUUGGUUUAUUUGAGGCAGAGUUGUCUUCCUACAUAAGCCCUGCCUGUCCUGGAACUUAUUACAUAGGCCAGGCUGGCUUUGAACUCUCGAGAUCACCUUGCCUCUGCCUCCACCACACCUGGCCCUGUUUCUGUUGUUAAAAUGACCUAAAAAAAAGAAAAUCAAAUUUAGAUUGUCAGUAUCUCUGAAACAAUUUCCUUUGUAAGACAAGUGGCAAAAUUAAAACUAUGUAUAUUUUUUAAACAUAAAGUAAACACAUACUACAAUACAGAUAAGAUACCAGAAGAAACUCCAAAUGAAAACGUCUUGAAUGUGUAACUUUCUGUUUGUUGUAUUCAUCUGUUGAAAUGUAAUCUAGAGCUGACCUAUAUUUUACAUUCUGGAACAUCGCUGUAUCCAUAUUGUAUUCCUCAUACUUAGGCUGUUUCUAAGAGGAAGACAGUCCUAUGUAUUCCCCACAGAGCCACCAUAAGAUCUCAAAACCACCAAAGUUCCUCCCCACUAAAGGCCCUUCAAGUGUUUAAUAUUUUUAUCAUAAAUUAUGUUUGUAACUAACCAUGUGCAGUUCCACCACCCAGAACAUGAGUUGUUUUAAAUCAGACAAGGCAUGGUACCACAUACAUUGUAAUUCUAGUUCUCUAGAAGGUAAGAUAGGAGAAUUUAGAGGUCAACUUGGGAUAAGGAGUGAGUGAGUUUCAGGCAAAUCUGGAGACUCUUACUUAACAAGAAGCUUCUUGUAGGUAUAUCUGUGAGUUCUAGGACACCCUGGCCUAUAGAGUUAGUUCCAAGACAGGCAGAACUACACAAAAGAAACUUUCAAAAAAACAAAAAUACACGUCUAAUUCAACUUCAGUUGCCUAACAACUGUCAAAAGCAUGCAAGAUUAAAGACAGAAAAUAGAAACUGAUUCUUACCCUUUAUAAAAUACUCUGAAAAGCCCCAUAGUGAUGAAACUGCUAUUGCUAUCUUGCUCCCUAUAAUCUGACUACUUUUCAAGAGUUACAGGGCAAAAGGCAUUCAUUCUCAUAACCCAAGAUGUUUUACCGUCUAUUUAUAUCCACUGUCUAUUCAGCUUGAACUGUGUUACACAAUAGGUAACUGUAUUUAUUGUGCUUUGUAUAUUUGAACAUUAAAAUGUUCUUUUUUGAUCAU